CGCCCCCUUAUGGGACUUCUCUCAAUCAAGCAAAGCUCCUGCCUCGGACCUCCGGAGCCUCAGCCUCGGCCCGAACCUAACCCAUCUCGUUGAAAAUUUCGCACAGAUUUUAUCUCGCACAGCAAAUGCGCUCUUUGUUUAUCUCACUAACAGCUCCGCGCAUUUCUGCUCGCCGAUUCAAAACCCUAGAACAAGAUUUCUCCGUAUUUGAAGAUCGAUCACUAUCGCCAGUUCUCGUUAGCCACACAAUUCCCAUUUUUAAUGCAAGUUACUUUCUUUGUCUGCUUCUUUUGUUUAAUCUUCUUCUUCUACUUGUUCUUUGUUCUUGUCUGCUUUUGUGUGUAUGUAACUGAGUGUAGGAUGGAAUUAGGGGUUUUUGGAGGAGCUGUAUUUGGUGAUGGCGCAUGCGGAUAGUGCGAAUUAAGGGUGGUUUUGGGGAUUGAGGGAAGAUAGUGGUCUGGUUGAUUCUGAGCAUUUUGAGGGGAGGCAUCUUUAAUUAUGAAUUGGCAGUUUGGCGUGAACUUGAGAUGGAUUGUCUGACUAAUUUCUGAGGAUUCUGAGCUUGAACCGCGUGUCCAAAAAUUUCAAAUGUAUCACCAUUGUUUAGUUUAGCUUUUAUCCAGGGGCCUGUCAGUUUGAGAAGUUGGCAGAUAAUUGACGGUUACUGGCAUUGUUAUCUUGUAUAGAUCUCGAAGAUAAGAAGUUCAAGAUUAUGCAAUAAUUUCACCUAAGUUUAUCACCUGAAGUUUGGGUCUCAAUCAUCUAUGCCUGGGAACGAACUUGGAGAUAGGGUUCACAAUUUCUUUGCGCAAGACAAUUUGUCGCAAGGGCAGCAUCAAUCGAAUGUUCUGGAAGGUAACUGGCCUGUGCUAAACAGCAAUUAUUGGGUUGGCAGUCAGAGGCAGAUUGAUGUACUGAGCUCCAACAGUAAAAACUACUCUUCACAAAAUUCCGAAAUUGAUAGAGGACAGGCCAACCAUCCUGUUCAUGUGCCUCAUGGCUUGAACUUUUCCCAAUCAAAUCUGAGACCUGAUUCUUCUAAAACUCAGUACGUAAUUGAGCAGCAGUAUUCAAAUGGCAUUGCGUAUGGAAACCAGUUUCAUCUGAAUAGGCAGAAUGGAGCAAACUUUCUGGCAGUGGAUUCGGGCUCUAAUCAGCGUCAUCUACUAUCCUCGAGAGGCUUAUCUUUCCCGGAAACACAUCAGGGGAGUGGCCAUGAACAAGAAAAAGCUCCAGACAGAUCAGACACAUCUGUAGCUCCUGUAAGUCUUGAUCUAUUUGGUGGUCAGCCUCAGAUGAACCAUCAGCAAGCAAGGAUGCUGCAGGCAUUACAGCGUCAACAAACUGGCCUCAAUGAUAUGCAACAAAUGCAACAACAAAUCAUGAUGAGGAAAAUGCAAGAGUUUCAAAUGCAGCAGCAACUUAAACAGCUUGAUCAUCAAAAUCUCACCAAUCCGGUUCCGGCCUUUAUCAAACAGACAUCUGGCAGUCAGUCCAAUAUGGGUAAUGACAAUUCAAAUCCUGAUGCUUUUCAGUAUCCAUGGACAGCUGAGACUGGUACAAGUUGGCUGAAUGGUUCUUCAGCCAUGCAAGGGUCCCCCAAUGGACUUGCUUUUCCACAAAACAUGGCCCAGGCACAACGUUUAAUGGAUUUGGCUCCUCAACAGGCUGAUCAGUCUCUUUAUGGAGUUCCUGUUUCCUCUUCAAGGGGAUUGGCAGCGAACCAAUAUCCUCAGAUGGUGACGAGUAGGUCUUCUAUGUCACAGAUGGAAGCCUUUAGCAAUUCUCCUCACAGUAGUCAACAUAAUCUUUCAUCUGAUCGAAUUAGUGUACAAGAGUCGACUCCCAUUUCUAGACAGAAGUUUCGAAAUGAAAAUACUGGACAUGCUUCAAGUCAAUCGCUAAAUACAGGGACUAUUGAUAGGGGACUCCACCAACAAUUGAAUUCUAUGCCUAGAAAUGAAUCACAACUGCACUUUGUUGGAAAGCAGGAUCCACCUGCUCAGUCAGAGACCUCACAUGAAAGAUCUACUCGGCAAUUUUCUUCAUCUCCGCGUGAAGCUGCCCUAGAUCCUACAGAAGAGAAGAUUUUGUUUGGUUCGGAUGAUAAUAUAUGGGCUGCCUUCGGGAAGAGCCCUAAUAUGAGCGGAGACACUACAGGCAAAUUAUUUGAUAAUGGUGGUUUAUCUAAUGGAUUUCCGUCCAUUCAAAGUGGUAGCUGGAGUGCUCUUAUGCAGUCUGCAGUUGCAGAAACAUCUAGCGGCAAUAUAGGUCCGCAAGAGGAGUGGAGUGGUUUGAAUUUUCAUAGUAAUGAUGGUUCUUCCGCAAAGCAACCCACUUUGAUGCACAAUGAUUACGUAAAGAAAGCGUCUUUGCCCGAAGACGAAAUGCGAAACCCUUCAACCGUGAAUUCUGGCUCAGUUCGUUCAUCUGAGGAUAUAAACACUGGUAAUGCUUUGGGAUCGAAUAGACUUCCGGACAAGUUCCAGCAGGAACCAGGCAUAAGAGUGUCGACUGAUAGAUCUCAAAGAUUAAGGCAGUCAUCGGAUGGAUCUAGCAAGUGGUCUAAUCGCAAUACCCUGCCAAAAUCAAUUGCUGAAGGGAGUCAGAUAUAUGAAAAUGCCUCGCAACAUUCCCUGAAUGUGGAGAGGACUACCGAGAAGGUAUCUGCUACUUGGUUCCCUGGGCAGACUGGAACUGUACUAGAACGAAAUUGUUGGAAUGCUCAGGCAACCGUACCACCUGGGGGAGAUGCAGUGAAAAAUCAUGAAGCUCAAUUGCCACAAAAGUCACACAACAACCAGUUGAUGGCAAUGCAAGAUGUACAGGAAAAAUCUUUAUGGAAGUCGAAUUCUCCUAGUUCUGCAAUCGAUUUUGGCCCUGUUAAAGUUGGAAACCACUUAGUGGAUAAAGGGCUUCUGAGUUUAAAUCAUGCUACUGCUUCUGUAACAAACUCAUGCAGCAUGGGAGUUUAUGAUGGAAACAGUUCAUUUGUUCCUAAUAGUAAUUUGCUCAAUCAGUGGAAGAGUGCAUAUCCUCAAGCCAAAUUCCAGGGGAGUGACUGCUUGGGGAGCAAUCAGGGGUUGGACUUGUCAAAUAGAAAUAACAAAGAUGAAGUUAGAAGACUGGAUAUGGACAAUUUUCCUGUGAAGGAGAAUUCUAGUGAUAGCCACCUCUCAAACUUAUCUCAGCAUGCUUCUGGUGGCCUCAGAGAAGCAGGAUUCUCUGAUGCAUGCGACUCCAGGUCUUUGCCUCCUGGGAAACAGAAGUUAACCAAUCAGCUUGCUGGUAAAGUUUCUGUUCCUCGCAAGUUUCAGUACCAUCCCAUGGGAAAUUUGGAUGAGGAUGUGGAACCUACUUUUGGGUUGAAGCAGCCUUUGCAGCCACUGUCCAGCUCCCUGCAGAAUAACCAUUUUGGUCAGACAAGUCAGGUCUCAAGAUAUUCUGCUGUAACAGAUGAGGGUGAGCGCCGAAAAGACAAUAAAGGGGGGAGUAGCAAUGAUCUUACCCGUGGCAGCGCCUCUAGAAUACCUUUUCCGUUUAAUCGGCCCCUUGAUUCAAACAUGCUGAACAACACCUCUUCACCUAGUCAAAAUAUGUUGGAGCUCCUUCAUAAGGUGGAUCAGUCGAGAAAUGAUGGUGCUGUGGCUCAUUUAGGUUCUUCUGAUUGCAACAUAUCAUCUCAGCCACAAGAAACGGAGAAGUCUGAUGGGUCUGCUGGUCACAUCCAGCAUUCUUCCGUUUCCAAAGGUUUUGGAUUGCAACUUGGCCCUCCAUCACAACGUGUUCAUGCUCCUGAUCUUUCAUUACCUUCUCAAAAUGCUCGGGACAUGGUCAAUUCCAUGCAUACUAGUCAUGCUGGUGCAGAAAUGAGAGACAAGAUGCUCCAAGCAUCUUCAGUGCAAUCUUUGCCUUUUUCUCAUAAAGGAUCUCAGUAUGAAAAUGACAGAGCUGCAGGUCCAGGCAAUCUUGGGGAUGAAAACUCUAUGUUCAUGUCGCCUCAACUAGCACUUGACACUCCAUAUGCAAGAAGUCAACUGCAAAAUAAGCAUAUAAUGAGAGGAAGUGGAAAAAUGGCUAUGGAUGAGCAAAUUGAUUCCUCUUUCAGCGGUAAUACUUCACAUUCUUCACAAAGAGGAUCUGCAGAGACUGUACCACCUGAUGCUUCUAGCAGUAUUCAAAAGCAUAAUCUUGCUUCAUAUAUUACCGGUGCUUCUGAUAAACAAGAAAGUGUUACUGUUGCAACGGCUUCAACCAGGGAUCAGAUCCACAGUUCUCAUCAUUACGGUAUGCCCAGAAAUUCUCAACAGAUUUUGCAGAACAUUUGGAACAAUAAUCCUUCAUCUCAACAUUCUUUGGGCACUCUGUACCCAAGGACCUCUUCACACCUUUCAGCAUCACACCAGCCAAAUAUUGUGGAGUCAAGUCAUGCUGAUCUGCAUGAUAUUAAAGGGGACCAUCUUUCAUCUAGAUUAGGUUCAGUUCAUGCGAAUACUGAAGGUGUAGUUGAUGAGGAAGAACAUAGGUUGAAGGAAAGCGCUGGAAAGGUGGCGAACAUUGAUUCAACAUCAAAUGUCGGAGAAUCUCUGGGCAAAACAUCCUCCACCAAGGAUAACUUGGAAGAGUUUCCUGAUGAUUCUGCUUCAACCCAGAAGGAUAUUGAAGCCUUCGGUCGAUCCCUAAAACCUAAUGCCCUCUCUAAUAAAAACUAUGCGUUGCUAAAUCAAACGAGUGUCGAUAAAGAUGCACAGAUUGAUCCAAGCACUAGGGUCUCAAAGAGGAUGAAAGGACCUGAUCAUAUUUUUGAUGUUCAGCAAUUUCAUCCCAAAGCAGGGCAGCAAAAUGAAGAUAAUGUUGGAGAUAUGAUUGGUUCAAGUACGCGAAUUUCGUCUGAAGAUUCUAGGAUGUUCAGAUUUUCUUCAUCACCUGAUAUGAUGCAGAGGAACACUGCUCCACACGGAAAUAUUGCAUCACAGGAUAUUGUGCUUUCUGGUCUCGACGUUACUCAGAAUAACCCUUCUUCUGGUUGUACUACUUCUGUGAGGGCUGAGGAUCAUCAGGUUGCCCCACAGAUGGCACCAUCCUGGUUCAACCAAUAUGGGCACUUAAAAAAUGGGCAGAUGUUCCAUGUACAUAAUGCACAUAAUGUCACCUCUCUUAGGCCAAAUGAGCCAUCAUCUACUGUAGCUAAGUCUUCAAACAUUAUGGAUGCUCCUAGUUUAGAGGAGAAUAGUCCUGCUGCUUCAGUUGGUGCUUGUCAAGUUGGUGAGCAUCCGGUGAUUUUAAGACCCCAAAAGCGCAAGACUGCAUCGUCUGAACUUCAUCCUUGGCAAAAGGAAAUAUCAGAUGGAUCACCAAAUUUUUUGGUUGUCAGUGCGACAGAAGGCGAGUGGAGUAAGGCAACAAAUCGUCUCACUGAAAAGGUUCAGGAUGAUGCUGAAUUAAAUGAAGAUGGAUUCCCACUGCUUAGAUCAAAGAGAAGGCUUAUCUUGACAACGCAACUCAUGCAGCAAUUGUUUCGCCCUCCACCAGCUUGUAUUCUGUCUGCUGAUGCGAGUUCUGCACAUGAGAGUGUGAUCUAUGGUGCAUCUAGGGUUGCAUUGGGGGAUGCAUGCAGUGCUGUUUCUUGCUCGGCUGACGUUGAUCGCCGUGAUUGCCUGGACCUACACUCCAUGAAGGGCAAACUAAAUGGCGAUCCACGUUUCACAAAAGUCGUUGAAGGGUUGUUGGGAAAAGCUGGGAAGCUAGAGAACGAUUUCUUAAGACUGGACAAGAACACAUCAAUAUUGGACUUGAGAGUGGAAUGUCAAGAACUCGAGAAGUUUUCAGUCAUCAACCGAUUUGCAAGGUUCCAUGGUCGGUCACAAAAUGACAUUCCCGAGGCAGCAUCAGUAACUGCAACAACUUAUAAUCCUCAUAUGCAACGAUAUGUUCUUGCAUUGCCCAUGCCCAGAAAUCUACCUGACAGGUCUCCAGUAGUUUUUACUAACUGGGACAUUGAUCGACUCAUGGAAGGCUGUUCGCAUCUCGUCAAAUGUGAUAAGAGGGCUAUUUGA